GACUUCUCGAUCAAGGUGACGCAGGAGACCUUCUCCAACGCGCUUCAGCCAGUGGAGAUCGCCGAGGAAGCUAGCCGUGGAGCCGAGCACAAGCUGACCGACAAGGAGACGAGUCAGUGUCGAGGGCUUAUCAUGAAAGCCCAGUGGCGGGCGGUUCAGACUGCCUUCCAGUACUGUGCUCGAGUUGGCAUUGCGGCUUCGGCGCUGACGGACCCUAGGGUGUCCAACCUGAAGGAGGCGAACAGCAUCCUCAAGGAGAUGAAGAAGACGGCCAAGGAGGACCUCUACUUUCACGCCUUCAACUUCGGCCGGACCACGGAGGAAAAGCUCACGUGGAAGGAUGUGGUGGCUGUGCACUUUGGUGACGCAGGUCACAAAAGCCGAGGUGAUGGUUCCUCUACAGGAGGAUAUAUCACGGGGUUCGCCGAGCCGUGCAUCCUUCAGGGAGCCGAAGCAAAGAUGUCGAUCAUCGACUGGCGGAGUUGGAAGCUGGACCGCCCAGCAAAGGGCACGAACUCUACAGAGAGCCAAGGCCUCUAUGAGGCAGAAGACCGCGGAUGGCGAGUGCGGCUGCUGUGGGCAAUCCUGAACGGGGAGGAGCUCAACCGCAAGAACGCCGUGGAACUGGCGGCGUCAAUGGAGUCACUCUUGGUGACGGACUCCAGAGGGCUGUAUGACUCUGUGACCAGUUCGGAGUCACCCCUACUCGGAAUGGCCAACAGCCGCACUGGCGUCGAAGUGGCGGCUAUCCAGAAAGCCCUACGUGAUGAUGGCAGAUGCUACCUCACCUGGGUUCCUUCCGAUAUCAACCUGGCAGACUCGCUGACAAAAGCAACGGUGGACGCCUUCAAGGUUGCUGCCACCUACUUGGAAAGGAAGACUUGGGUGGUUCGCUUUAACCACGACUUUGUCAGCGCCAGGAAACAACAAAGGCUGCGCAAGGCGAAAGAGCUGCAAGAGGCUGCUACCUCAACGUCCCCGAGCUCACCUGAGUGGGACAGCUAUGUGGAGGAGCUUUUCGAGCCUUCUGUGCCACAGCUUCGCGAGUAG